CUAAGUCCAGGUGCACUUGACCAAUCACCUUCAGGGAUGGCGGAGCCGCAGCCAAUCAACGUCCACCUAGAUCAGGAGUGGCCAAUGAGAAGGCGGAAUACUUUGGCAGAGCCAAUGGGAAAGGGCGGAAGCGCUGAGCCACAUCGCAUCAUCUGAUUGUUCUAAGCAGAUGACAUGGGUGACCUGGUACGAUGUAACAUCUGCUUUUGGCAGCCUGGCAGGGAAACCUCUCGAUUUGCCAUUUCAAACUGUGGUCAUGUCUUCUGUGAACGCUGCCUGCAGAAAGGAAAAAAUGAAGAGUGCGGUGUGUGCAAGUCACGUUGUCGCACAAUAUUUCUUUCCAAUGAGACAGAUCCUGAAAUAAAAAUGUUGUUUAUGGAUAUAAAUGUUCUUUGCAAAAAGUUUUCAAAUGAGCUUACACAAGUUGUAGAAUUUCAAGGGAGUCAUAGGAAUCGAUUACUAGCACAUUACAAGAGAAAAAUAGCAAAGCUAGAAGAGACAAUUAAGGACCUCACACAACAACUACAGAGUUGUAGUUUAAGAGCUUCCCAGUCUUACAGUCGACAGCCAUCAUCCAGUUCAUUAAGGAAUAUGGACCCAACACGUACGGAAGACCAAUAUUCUCCAUCUGUAUCACAGAUGCCCAGUAUAAAGAAGGUUGAGGCAACAGACUUCACUUCUAGUUCAGUCAGGAAGAAGAAUUUAACCACAUCUGGUCCAACUAGAUUUUCACUGAUAAGCCCUCCUCGAAGUGGGCUCAUGGAUUCCUAUAGAAGUAAUACUUCAGGUGGAUCUGGUUUAAGAUCAAGUGUUGGAUCUUCACAGCACAAUAUUUUCCAGCAGCGUUCAAAGUCUCCGUCACCAACACACCAAGGAAGCAGCUGGCACUUGUCUGGCUAUAGAUCCGCACAGAUAUUAUUACAGACACCCUUGCCUUCCCAGACAUCCAGUGCUAGGCAGCCCAUUACUCUUGCCAACAUUUUGCAGCGUCAUCUUUAAAU